AUGGCAUUAAUUUGCAGUGAUGAAAAUUCUGAAUGCUUUGCUCACUUAUUUAAUUCAAUUAAUGCAUUAGCACUUCAAGAAUUUAAUGAACCUUGUGUCAUCAAUCAAAUAAUGGCGGAUGGUGCACUAGUUCCUUCUUCUCAAAGCGUUAUGUCAGCAUCAAUUUGGUUAGGUCUUCAUAAGUCGAGCCAAUGGACAUCAUUUGAUCAUUUUGUUGCAUGGAAAUCAUCGUGUUGGUUGGUGUCAUUACUUGGUUCUUGUACGUGUCCCAUCGGUCUCAAACAAUACAGGUGCAAGCAUUCUGUCGGAUUGGCAAUUAUAUUCAACGUUUACAAUAUUAAAGAUGAAACUCGUCUUAUUCCAUUGGAAAAACGAAAAACUGCAGGCCGACCAAAAAAAAUUCGUACGGCAUUAUUACCAUAA